AUGGGAUCAGUUGUACUCAUACUAAACUUCUACACCUUCCGUGCAGAACUUGGAGCUGAGAUACGACUGAUGACGGAAGCUGGCUCUGAAGAUGUUUGUGCCUCCCGGAUGAAGCAACCAUUUUUUACUAGUUGUUCAAAAUUGAGCAAGCAGCCAAAGCAGCUUCCAAAAUCCUACCCACUGUUUGGUUGCUUGUUCUCAUUAGUGCAAAAUAGACACCGAGCAGUUCUGUGGACAUCAGAACUCUUCCAAAAAUCAUCUUUAUCAACCAUUACCCUUAAAGGACCAUUUGGUAAAAAAUGCGUCUUGACAAGAAACCCCUCUAUUAUCAAGCAUAUCGUUAAGACACGUUUCCACAUUUAUCGCAAAGAUCCUACCAUGCAAUUUGUUUUCUCAGACUUAUUAGGGGAUGGACUUUUACUUGUAGAUGGAGAGAAAUGGAAAACCCAAAGGCAUUUCCUCAGUCAUAUAUUCCACGCGGAUACAUUUCGUUAUCGAGUAAAAUCAUCCACCAUUAAAGAGCUCUCUGGCCGUCUUAUUCCUUUAUUCUCUAGGGCAGAUAUAGAUAAAGCUACUCUAGACCUCCAGGACAUAUUUCAUAGGCUUACAUUUGACAUUCUAUGCCAGGUAGGUUUUAGCCAUGAUCCAGAAUACUUGUUACCAUCUCUCCCUGAGAAACCAUUAAUAGAUGCUUUUGAAACUGCAAUAAAGAUCAGUAUGAGAAGGUUCACUUGCCCUUCCAUCUUGUGGAAAGCUAAAAAGCUUCUCAACAUUGGAUCUGAAGAGAAUCUCAGGUAUGCAGUAGAUGUACUCAGAGAAUAUGUAAAGAAGAGAAUCGCGGGAAAGGUGGAGAAGUUUUCGAUGCAAAACUCUUCCAUAGAUGAGGGAGGCGAUUUUUUUGACAGAUUUAUAACAAGGGCUCUCAAAUACAAUGUAGUAGUUGAUGAGAAGUUUGUCAUAGAUACAGGUAUUAAUUUCAUCCUGGCUGGUGAUGACACGCUGUUUUCAGCUCUAAUAUGGUUCUUUUGGCUAGUCUCGAGUCACCCACAAGUAGAAAAGGAGAUUGUCAAAGAAAUCGAAGAGAAAGAUGAUGAUGAUUUGAAUGAAAUGGUGUAUACACAUGCUUCGAUUUGUGAAAGCAUGAGACUAUACCCACCAGUUCCUCUUGAAUUGAAGCAAGUGACCGAAGACGAUGUUUGGCCGGACGGAACAAAGUUGAAAAAGGGAAUGACCAUUUUUCUACAUGUUCUUGCAAUGGGGAGAUCAACAGAAUUAUGGGGUUCGGAUUGUGAAGUUUUCCGCCCAGAGCGCUGUAUUCACCAAAUAAUGGACAGUCAGUUAGAAAAUAAUUUGGAACAUCUUGAACGCAUAUUGGAAGAAGUUGAUAUAAAUAAAGUGAGGACGAAGAAAGAGUGCUCAAACAAGUGA